AUGCCCCACAUUUCCCAUAAAAUGCGACGGUUUGGCUUCUCCCUUCUCCGCCACAUCUCCCUUCCCUCUUCAUUCACAAUCCCCUCAGUCACAGUCCGGACUUUCUGCCUCCACCGUGGGGUCUUUAAUGGUUCGCACGCCUGUUACCAGGGCAACGUCCCGGAUCGUAGCUGCCAGCACAGGAGGAGUGUGAGCACAGCCCUCAGGCAGCACAUCCAGGACCUGAGUGGGCCUGAGCAGAGGCUAUUGGAGAAACUGUACGAGGGGCUGAUUGGGGGACAGCGGGCGUCUCUGGCUGAGUCCAUCACUUUGGUGGAGACCCAGCAUCCCAGGAAAAAAGAGCUGGCCCAGGUGCUGCUGCAGAGGGUGCUGGCCUACAGGAGGGAGCAGGAGACUCGUAAUGGAGGAAAGCCAGUAGCCUUCAGAGUAGGUCUGUCCGGUCCUCCAGGAGCAGGAAAAUCGUCCUUCAUUGAGGUGGUGGGGAAGAUGUUGACAGCACGUGGACAUAAGGUUUCAGUGUUGGCUGUUGACCCGUCGUCCUGCACUACAGGAGGCUCUUUGAUGGGUGAUAAGACGCGUAUGACUGAACUCUCCAGGGACAUGAAGGCUUUUAUCAGGCCGUCCCCGGCCUCAGGAACACUUGGUGGAGUCACCAGAACAACUAAUGAGGCCAUUGUUCUCUGUGAGGGAGCGGGAUAUGACAUUGUCCUUGUAGAGACUGUAGGUGUGGGGCAGUCAGAGUUUGCAGUAGCUGACAUGGUUGACAUGUUUGUGCUGCUGAUUCCGCCAGCAGGGGGCGAUGAACUCCAGGGUAUCAAGAGGGGCAUCAUUGAGAGGGCAGACUUGGUGGUGGUGACGAAGUCGGAUGGAGACCUGGUGGUGCCAGCCAGGAGGAUCCAGACUGAAUACACCAGCGCACUCAAGCUGCUCAGGAGACAAUCCAAGUCCUGGAACCCUAAGGUUGUGCGUGCCUCCUCACACACCAGUGAGGGCAUUCAAGAGGCCUGGGCCAAUAUGGAGUUAUACCGGGACACCAUGCUAGCCAGCGGGGAACUGCAGGGGCGGCGGAGGGCCCAGCAGAAGGUUUGGAUGUGGAGUUUGAUCCAGGAGAACGCUCUCUGCCAUUUCCAGAAUCACCCCAGUGUCAGGGAAGCUCUACCCCACCUCGAGGAGAGGGUGACCAAAGGAGCCAUCUCCCCAGGCCUGGCUGCUGACCUGCUCCUCAAAGCCUUCUCAUCAUCAUCACCACAAUAAUCUGUGGGACUGCACCUUUGGGGAUGGGUGGAUGGAUGGAUGCCUCAUGGCUGAUCAGGGCCACUCUAUACAAAGGAAAGCCAGGACAGACGGAGAAUAAGUGCCCUUGACGCUAUGGUUUGCACACAAAAAAACUGUCUUGCCCUUUUUACACUUAUUUUGAAAUUUGAAACAUCUAAAAAAUAAGUCAUCCCUCCACAGAAAAGUUGGUUUCUGCAUGCUUUAAUUCAAAUCAGGAGAGGUAAGAGAGUGUUAACAGUUUUCACUUCUCACUUAAUGCACAUUUGGACAGCAGACAAAAUAACACAUUUCACUGUGAGAUACGAAAUGUUGCACCACCAAUAGCCUGGUUUUUCUGAAGCAGAUACUUGGGAUUGUCUUCUUGGACAAAGAAACUACAGACCCUCAGGAUCAGUUUUAAUGAGAUUAGUGCAAAACACACAGAGGGGUGUAAAGGUCAUGUUGGUACAUUUGGGGUUUGCACAAUACCCUUCCCUUUUACGAACAGGGUCAUUAUUUGGUGAAGCUGUGACUUGGUCAUGCCAUAAAUAUUGAUACGACAUGUGGUGUUGUCUGUGAUCAUGUUUACCGACACUGUGUCCCUCCUUUCUCAUCUAAUGAUCAAUAAUACACACGAGAAUCAUGAACAAUAAUUUUUUUAAUGAAAGGAUCCGACUAU